AAAGAAUUAAGUCAGUUAUCUCCCUUACCUUUGGUUAAUCCUUUGAGUAAUCAAGCUCCUUUGACUCGCUCUAUUGCUCCUCCAUUUCUUCCUUCAAUUCAAGCUGGAACUAUUAUCGAGAUUUAUGCGAUAAUAUUUUGGACCAUCACGCUGGACACCUGA